AGGAACGAACCCCCGAAUUUCGCGCCGGGAUCAAUAAUUGCGCAAAGUGUAAAUGUUUGUGGGCGUUUGACAAAUGUAACCAAUCGCGGGUCAUCAUUCGAUAGUUGGUGCGCGAAAUAUUUGACAAUGUGUGCAGCAAAUUUGUGCAUGUGAGAUGCACUUACAUUUUCUACGUUUGUCAAGUGUAAAAUGAUGUAUAAACAUCAGAAAAAUAUUGUGAUUGUGAAUACUGAUAGUUGAAAUAUUUUUAUAUUAAUGCGGUAAUAUGGAAUUAUGUAUAUUGAACGAGAACCAAUUUUAUAUCUUCUUCUAUUUUUAAUAUCGAUUAAAUGUGCAGAAAUCAAACAGUACUAUGUAGAUAGGGGAAAAAAUUUAACAUUAAGAUGCCCUUAUUAUCAAUCAGAUGUGAUGUGGGUAAGGGAGGGUCGAGAGGACCGACAAAGCAACCGUUCAACUGUUUUGACAAAUGGAUCUUUGUUUUUGAAAACAGUUGAUAAAGACGAUAGUGGUUUGUAUUCAUGCUCCCGGGAAAAUGUUGUAACGGAUGAAAAGACCCUUAUAAAUGUAACUGUUAGAACACCACCUCCUGCUUUGGCAAAUGUAAAAGUAGUUCCUAGUACCAUAUUAGCUGUUAUAGUAUGGGAAGUCAAUGGUACAGGUGGAUACCCCAUUAUGAACUUCACUGCACAAUUCCGUUUAGCUGAUACAGACAAUAAAUGGAUCCCUAUACCUCCCAACCACAUCACUCCAAGUUCGCGUCAAAUUGACGUGUAUGGUCUACAGCCCAACACUUCUUAUGAAUUCAAAGUGUGGGCUACUAAUCAAUUAGGAAGAGGUGAGGUAACGCAGAUUGUAUCUACCACAAAAGGAUAUUAUUCAGAGGAAGAAUUAGCUCGACAAUUGUUAGCAGGUGCUGAUGAAUUUGAUACCAGAGCUUGGGCAGUUGCAGUGGGAAUAGUAAUGGGGACAUUGAUUUUGCUGGGACUUGGAACCUGCUUUCUACUUUACCAAGAAUGCCGGAUGCCAAGUGUGGUUGCAGAAGAACAAGAAAUUAUUGAGCUGGUUCCCAAUAUUAUUCUCAAUCCAGUUUUUGAUGGAAACCCAAAUGAGCCAAUUCAAGCAGAUGAAAAUUGCAACAGUGAAAAUCCAAUUCGUCUUAAUAACAAUACAGUAGUUCAACCAAGACAUACAUAAAAAUUAAUCUAGCACCUUAGUAUCUUGUCUGAUUGACGGUGUUAAAAUUAUAAAUAAUUUUUUACGAAUUAAUUAAUAAUUUUUAAAAUCCUGAUUUCAUUUAGUUGAACAUUUACUCCAUCAAAAUUUUUUUACUUGAUAUUCUCGAUUUGCAUUCCAAAUAAUUGUAAUGUUACCAUUGAUAUAAGUGAUAUUUUACUCAUUUGUGAUGUGUUACUAUCUAGUCAUGAAUUAUUUAUAUUUCAUAUUAAAAUGAAUAGGGCAUUUAAGUGAAGCUGAAGUAGAUAUGAGAAAGGCUUCUAUGCAAUCCAAAAAGAUAUUUGCUUACUGUGACACGUUUUUAUUGAUAUAACAAUGAUCUUAGCUAUGAGAGUAAUAAAUUGGAUAUUAUAACUGCCAUCUUUAACAAUCAUUCUAUAAAUGAUUUGUCAGCGGAUAUGCUCACAUGUACUGAAUUCUUAAUUACGUACUUCAAUUAUUGCUGACAUUGAAGAACAAUGAAUCAAUAUUACAAUCACCACAUAUCUUAAUAUGUACUUGAUAAGAGCAAUUAAUUUGACUAUAUCACUUUUACCGUAUUAAGUAAUGUAUGAAGUAAAAUAAUCCCUAUCAAAGAGUACAAAACUGUGAUCUCUGUCAGAUUGAGACCAUUUAAACUAGACUCCAGACUAAUGAUGAAUUUAUAUUUAUCAAUAUUUAAGUUUCAAUUCUUUAUGAUCAGACCACAUUGUGAAAAAAUAUAAGAUGUCUGAUUCUUCAUGUGUGAGUUAUUAUUGAACUUUUAUUCAAUUAACUGGAGUUUUCUCUUGAAACGACUGGAGUAUCAUAAUAAACAUAUUUAUUUUGAAUAUCGAUAAAAAUGUGUUGCCUUCAAUAAUCUCAGAGAAAAAAUUCAUUUUAUUUGCAAUUUUCUUUAUGAAAAUUUGAAGCUAACAUUUGUUCAAAUUGAAUUGUAAAGUUAAUUAAUUUUCUCCAACAUCAUUUGCUUAUAGAUGGUAUUGAAGAGUUGAGGCUACGAUUGAAGAAGUAAUCAACAAAUAUCAUAUUUCAAACAAGCAAUGAUGUAAGAUAUCUUUUUCAAUAUAGCCUCAUGGAAUUCUCGAAAACAUGACAAUUUCUUAGGUUUAAAGCGGUUUUGAGUAGAAAACCAUGCACAAAAUCGACAUAUUCGGGGAUAAUAUCUUAGAAAACAGUUUAUUAUGGCUUUUUGGGAUAAUAGCAAAUAAUUUUCUGCAAUAAUAAUUAAAAGCAUUAAAAGUAGCAGUCCCUUAAUGAUUCAAUAAAUUCAAAACCUAAUAUCAGCGAUGGAUUGAAAUUCAUAAGAAUGAUGUAUUGUCAAAAUUCAUAAGAAGUCUUUAUUCAUCUGAAUUUGAAUAUAACAAAUAUGAAUUUUAUACAACUUAUCACAGAUACAUCAGUUCUUAUGAUAAAAUUAUUUAACAUGAAACUUGUGAGUUGUGAAACUUGAGUUCCCGAUACAAUAUUUGCAAUGUAUUCAAAUUUAUUUAUAUAUUAUAAACAAAGUGGAGGUUGUAAAGAGUAUAAUUUUGUGCCUAAUACAUAUACAUAUAUAUUUAAAUACAAAUAGGUAGUGUUCUUCAUGAAAUCACCUGAGAUAGAACAAAUUAUAGGGAAAAUUAUUGUGCUGAAUAAGGAAUGCCCUUACAAGUGUUUAUUAUUUAAUUUUCUUAUAAAAAUCACUUCGAAUAAAAAAAACAGUAAUUCCUUAUUUGCUGACUUUCUGUAAAAAUAUGUAACAAACCAUCAAAAACUAUUAUCACAAAUGAUUUUGCAUAAUCACUACUUAUUUCUUAUGACAAUGACAACAAAGCUUUCAAUUUCAACGAAUUGAGCAGUUCAAUUACUUGCACUGUUGACCUUCGAAAUCCUUCAUUCUGUGCACUAAGUUUCCCUUAACUCAAUAACUUUCUUAGCCUCAAUCACUUUUGUAAUUUUAGCAUCCUAUUAAUCAAAAAUGAGUUUUUAUUUUAAAUUGAAGUUAUCCUGAGUGAAGUAUUGUAUAUAAUUAUAUUUGCUCUUAAUAAUUGACCCUUGUAUGAUUAAUUAGGGUAUGUAUAUUGUAUAUUAAUUCACAUCUGAUUUAUCAGGUUUUUUCCUCAAAUUUCCUUAAAAUUGUGUGAGGCUGGGAAAGUUGAAAAAAGCAGGGGAUAAAAUAAAUGUAGUUAUUUUAUCCCGAGAAGUAAAAAAAUCAUUCAAAUUGAUAAUAGUCUGAAAUCACUAUAAUUCUUGUCUGCCUGAUUCUUUAUAAUGCUAGCGCAGAUUAUGAAAUAUUAUUAUUUCCAUUGUUGAAGAUUAAGAGUUCUCUUCCUGAUUAGUGCUAUAAGACUUGUUAGUUUUGUGAAAGACGGUUAUUUGAACAAAUCUAACAUUCAACAAUGAAAAUAAGUUACUUUAUAGAUAGAAUAAAGUCAAGCUUUUAUAUUGAAUAAAUAUGUGUACUUGUGAAGUGUUGUGAUCUGGCAUCUAUAUAGUUUAAUGAAUAUAUAUUAUAUAGAUGCAUAAAGCUAGUUUUUUAUACUGUGUGAUAUCAAUGAUGAGCUCGAAUUUUGAGUAAUUAAUUUUUUCUCUCUGGAUUAACUUUGAGAUACGCAUAACUUAUUAUUGUUACCGAAAUAAUUGAGUCAUUUUUUAAAUCUUACAAAUUUUUUUUUAUAAUUAUACUGAUACAAUCAAAUAUUUAAUUCUUAUCUAAUCUAUAGUUUUAUUAUCUUGAUAUAGUUGACUGGUUAUAUACUCAUAAUAUGGCAUUGAUUUUGCUUAUAAUAUUAAUCAAAAAUAAAUAAAAUUUGUAGAA